CCAUUGAUGUAAUGGAAUAAAAUGAGGAUUGUAAUCUUUUUAUUCAGCAUUUGAAAGUGUCAUUUUUAGGUUGAUCAUGGGUGAAAGAACUCUAGUGUUCCUACUCUUCCUUUUCAGUUAUUUGUUAGUUGUUGUAGUAACAAAAACAUCAAAUGAUGAUUACCUUGCACUUUCAACUUUAAAGUAUGAGUGGAAGAAUGUUCCGCCAAGUUGGGAGGACUCAGAGGAUCCUUGUGGUGAUCAUUGGGAAGGCAUUGAGUGCUCCAAUUCGCGCGUUAUCACCAUAUCAUUGUCAAGCAUGGAUUUGUCUGGCCAGCUUUCUUCAGAAAUUGGAUCACUAUCUGAAUUGCAGAUUUUGGUUUUGUCCUACAAUAAGGAUUUAACUGGACCUCUUCCGGCUGAAAUUGGAAACUUGAAAAAGCUGACAAACUUACAGCUUAUUAAUUGUGGUUUCACUGGUCCUAUCCCAGAUACAAUAGGGAAUCUACAACGGCUUGUAUUCCUAUCUUUGAAUUCUAAUAGAUUUAGUGGAAGAAUUCCACCUUCUAUUGGUAAUCUGUCAAAUAUUAAUUGGCUAGACUUAGCAGAAAACCAGCUUGAGGGUCCCAUCCCAGUAUCUAAUGGAACUACUCCUGGUCUUGAUAUGCUUCACAAAACAAAGCACUUUCAUUUUGGGAAGAAUAAGCUUUCAGGAAAUAUUCCACCUCAGCUUUUUAGCUCUGAUAUGUCCUUGAUACAUGUGCUUUUUGAAAGCAACCAAUUUACUGGAACCAUUCCAUCUACACUUGGAUUUGUACAGAAACUGGAAGUGGUGCGCUUGGAUAACAAUAUUUUAAGUGGACCUUUGCCUAUAAACAUCAACAAUCUUACAAAUGUUAGAGAACUGCUCGUCUCCAAGAAUCGCCUAUCCGGUCCCCUGCCAGACCUUACUGGAAUGAAUGUCCUCAGCUACCUGGAUGUCAGCAAUAACAGUUUUGAUCGAUCAGACUUUCCGUUGUGGUUAUCAACUCUACAGUCUCUAAAAACAAUAAUGAUGGAAGAUACACAGCUUCAAGGACCUAUUCCUGUUUCUUUAUUCAGCCUGGUACAGUUACACACAGUGAUGCUGAAAAACAAUAAUCUGAAUGGCACUUUAGAUAUUGGCACAGCCAUUAGUGACCAACUGGGAGUCCUUAAUUUGCAGACUAAUUUUAUUGAAGAUUUUGAUCCGCAAAUUGAUGUCUCUAAAGUGGAGAUAAUACUUGUGAACAAUCCAGUUUGCCAAGAAACCGGAGUUAAACGGACUUACUGCUCGAUUGCAAAAAACAAUGACACAUAUACAACACCGCUAAAUAACUGUGUUCCGGUUGAAUGCAACAAAAAUCAGAUAUUAAGCCCGAAAUGCAAAUGUGCAUACCCUUAUACAGGAACUUUAACUCUUAGAGCUCCUUCCUUCUCAGACGUGAGAAACAAGACAGUAUUUGCAAUGCUAGAGUUUACGCUGAUGGAAUCUUUUAGACUUCAUGAGAAACCUGUUGAUUCAGUUUCUUUAAGCAAUCCAAGGAAGAAUGCAUAUCAGUAUCUUGAUCUGAGUUUAGAAAUAUUUCCAUCAGGUCAAGAUUCUUUCAACAGAACCGGGAUUUCUGGCAUAGGUUUUAUGCUUAGCAACCAGACGUACAAGCCUCCUGCUGAGACUUUUGGACCAUAUUAUUUCAUUGCUGAUAAGUAUGAACACUAUCUUAAUGAUUCAGUAAUAGAAGGUCCUGUGAAAUCUAGUAAAUCUUCACAUAUCGGCAUCAUAGCUGGAGCUGCUGCUGGUGGUUGUGUCCUGGUUUUAUUAUUACUCCUUGCAGUAGUUUACGGUUUCCGUCAAAAGAACAAGGCAAAAAGAGCAGCUAAGAAAAGCAAUCUUUUUGAACAAUGGGGUCCUGAUGAGAGCAAUAGCAGCAUCCCACAGUUAAAAGGAGCAAGGCGUUUCACUUUCGAAGAGAUUCAGAACUACACCAAAAAAUUUGCAGAAGCCAGCUAUGUAGGAUCCGGGGGUUAUGGGAAGGUUUAUAGAGGAGCUCUUCUCAAUGGACAACUAAUUGCAGUAAAACGAGCUCAAAAGGAAUCGAUCCAAGGAGGGCUGGAAUUCAAAACAGAGAUUGAACUUCUAUCUAGGGUCCAUCAUAAAAAUCUUGUUAGCCUUAUUGGUUUCUGCUUUGAGCAAGGAGAACAAAUAUUGGUUUAUGAGUAUGUUGUAAAUGGUACUUUGACAGAUGCUCUUUCAGGGAAGUCGGGAAUUAGAUUGGACUGGAUUAGAAGGCUAAAAAUAGCCCUUGGGGCUUCUAGGGGGUUGGAUUAUCUUCACGAACAUGCCAAUCCUCCUAUCAUACAUAGAGAUGUCAAAUCGACAAACAUUUUACUAGAUGAACGCUUGAAUGCUAAAGUAUCUGAUUUUGGUCUCUCCAAGCCUUUGGGUGAUGGUGCAAAAGGUUAUAUAACCACUCAAGUAAAGGGGACAAUGGGCUACUUGGAUCCAGAGUAUUACAUGACACAACAAUUGACUGAGAAGAGUGACGUUUAUAGCUUUGGAGUGCUAAUGUUGGAGUUGAUAACAGCAAGAAGGCCAAUAGAAAGAGGGAAAUAUAUUGUGAAAGUGAUUAAGAAUGCUAUGGAUAAGACAAAAGAAUUAUAUGGUCUUAAGGAAAUCAUUGAUCCUGUCAUUGAUUUUAAGGCAUCCUUGAGCAGUUUUGAAAAAUUUAUUGAUCUUGCAAUGAAAUGUGUUGAAGAUUCAAGUUCAAGUAGGCCUUCAAUGAAUUAUGCAUUUAAAGAAAUUGAAAACAUGUUGAUGUUGACUGGAACAAACCCUAAUGCUGAAUCAGCACCUUCUUCAUCUAGUUAUAAUGAAAGUGGGAAUUCUAUGCAUCCUUAUGAAAAUGAGUACUUUGAUUCAAGUGUGAUACUUCCGCGUGCAUAAAGUGUACCAUUGUAGGAUCAUUUUUUCAUGUUUCGACUCAAAAUUAACUUGUUGAAGUAAUGUAUAAAGUGAGGAUGCUGUUAAUCUUGUGUGUAUUAUAUUGUUAGCUUAAGAUUGAACAUGAUUGAAGCUGAAGUUUGAUGUUAGUUUCUUGUUUACUUUCAGAUUUUAGUUACUGAAUUGUGUAACAUAUAUUACUUUUGAACAUAUUAUUGAAAUGGAAUCUAUUCAAGUU